UGCACUGAGGGACCAGCGCUUUUUAAGUUACCUGCCUCUCCCAACCUCAGAGUACACAGAGCGGGCGCUGAAGCUCGGCAAGCGCAGGAGCCCCCAACCGGUGACCGCCGCCUGGGCUAUGGGGACUGAGCAGGAGACUCCACGGCCGAGGGACGGACACGCAUCGGAGCCCGCGUUUCGGUCCCAAAGUUCGCCUCGAGCGCCUCCUGGACGCCCGCGCACCUCCGCCAGGGGCUCGGAGGUCCCCGGUUCUCUGGGACCGCGACCCAGGCGCUUCCUCGAGGGGGCCUGUCCGGGGAGCGCGGGACGCACGGCUGGCGUCUCCCGGUGCGCGGCCGCCGCUCCGUGUGGGGCGUCUCGCGUGCAGCCCGUGCCCUCCCCCGCCUGGAGGGCUCUUUCUGCGCCCGGACUUCUCAGCGCGCGCGCAAGACCCUCGCCCGGGACCUACCCGCUCCCGUCCCCUCAGACUCGACGCCGCAGCCCGGUCCCCUCAGCCCCACGGCCUCGCAGCCCCGGCCCUCCUCGGGCCCCGACCCUUCGGCGCUUCCCCGCCCUCCGGACUCCCCCUCGACCCGCGGCCCCGCCGCCCCCAGCGCCGCCCCGCACCCGGACACUGACCUGCGGCGGCACCCCGCUCCGGCGUCCCGGCGGCCGACCCGAGCGCCCCAGGCGGCGGCUUAGGCGCGGGCGCGGGCUCGGGCUCCGGCUCGGGCUCAGAGUGCGGUCGGCCCCGCCUGCCCGAGGCCGAGCCGGGCCGGGCCGGGGCGGGCGCGGCGCGGCGCGGGGGCGGGCGCGGGGGCGGAGAGCACGCGGCGCGGGGCGCCAGCCGCCAGGCGCACAGUAGGGCCCCUGGCCACGCCGGCUGUCUUGGCGCGCGCCCACUCGGCUCGGCCUCGUUCGUUCCUCACAACCACCGCUGGGAGGCGGCUCAGAAAUGGUCCCAUUUUACAGAGCGGGCGUUCGAACACAGCUCGGAUAGGGACCCGUAGGGCCACGUCUGGGAAGAGCACGAAGUGCGGGUUCCGGAGCCCGCCUUCCAUCUCCAGGCCGGUGUGUCUCACCCUUGGCACUGUGGUCUGCAAGGCUUCUUUCUUACAAGUUGUUAUUUUUAAUGACAUUCUUAAAAAAGAAGUUAAGUCAUAUUGAGGAUCACCGUUGGGCCGUUUAGCUGACGACCCAGUGGUCCUGCACGCUUUCAGUGUCCCCCUUUUGCAUUUGUACUUCACGCAGGUGUCCAUUAGUCCUUUAAAGUGACAGAGUUUUGGUUUUAAUCAUUAAAAGCAUUUCUUAAACUCA